UCAUCCAUUUUACAAAGAUUUCCAGGCUGCAAUGGGAGGGCUUUACCUCUCCCUGAAGGAUGAAUAAAUAGGUAGCUUUACUGACAACCUGUUCACAGUCAAACUGCAGUGAAAACUGAGACCAAGGUCUUACUCUACUGGCACUUAUGAGAUCCAGUGCUGGCAACAUGGAGAAGAUAGUCAUCUGCCUGAUGGUCAUCUUCUUGGGGACAAUAGCCCAUAAGUCAAGCUUCCAAGAGAAGGAUCUCCUCUUGAUUAGAAUGCGUCAACUUAUAGAUAUUGUUGAUCAGCUGCAAAAUUAUGUGAAUUAUUUGGAACCUGAACCUCUGCCAGCUCCAGAAGACGUAAAGAGACACUGCGAACGGUCAGCUUUUUCAUGUUUUCAGAAGGUCCAACUAAAGGCAGCAAAUACAGGAGGCAAUGAACAGAUAAUCAGCGUAUUAACUAAACAGCUGAAGAGGAAACUACCUCCCACAAACGCAGGCAGAAGACAGAAACACAGACUAACAUGCCCCUCAUGUGAUUCUUAUGAGAAAACAUCACCGAAAGAAUUCCUAGAAAGAUUGAAAUCACUCAUCCAAAAGAUGAUUCAUCAGCAUCUCUCCUAGAACAAAUGAGAUAUGAAGGUUCCUGAGGAUCUAACUUGAAGCUGGACACUAUAUUACAUACUCUAACACAGUAGUGAAACUCACUUCUUGGUAUUCUAAAUGGAGGAGUACAACAUAUUGAUGAUGGGGAAAAAGACUCAGAUCAGUAUUUCAAGUCAGGAUUAUUUCCCCCCAGUUACUAUACAGUUCUUCAGUUUGAUCCACAUGCUCUGUAUCUGGUCAACUUGAAAAAGCUGUCUACUCAAUUAAGUCUGAUUUCCAAUGUUAUGGAUUUCUAUGGUUUCUAAAAUUUUUACUUUAUAUUAGUGCCCAAAUAUGGCAUUCCUUGAUGGAGAGAGAAGCUUAAAUUUUUUUUUUUAAGCUUAAAAUUUUUAACCAAAAACAUGGUUUGGGAAUUUAGUGGUCUUAUACUAACCUUGACCUUGAUUAGCACAGGAAUGAGGUGUCUGAUGAUCAUUAAUUUAAAAGUUAUAUACCUUCAUUCAAGAUGAGAAAUAUAGAAGCAUAGGGUCAAGAUGAAAUGUUGGUCUUUAUUCUCUUAAGGAAAUGGAAACUGAGUGUUUAAAAAUGUAGAUCUGAAGAGUUUAUUUUUUAUCUCAGAAUAUCUAAUGUAUAAAUAUACAGUUUAUUUAUGUGCCAGGAGAUAGCUUUACUAGAUGGCUACAGAAAAAGGUCUUAUUUCUUUAUUGGGAUUUAUCAAAAAUAUUUAAAUACUAUAGAUAUGAAUGUAUUUAUGGAAUACACUCUUGUAGUCUUUUUUCUUUAAGUCGUUUUAACAUACCUUCCCCAGUUCAAGUCCCCUUAUAAGCUAACAUUUUAAGCUUGUGGAAAUGGCAAUUAAAACGUAUAGAGGGACAUAUUCAGGUGGUAUUCUGGAACAAAAUGCAUUUUAAGCAAAGUCUUGUAGCUCUCUUCUCAAAUUGUUAUAAUGAUUACAUGGGAGCAAGCUAGUAACUCCAAAUGUCUGUCACCUUUCUUCCUUUCUUUUCUUUCUUCUUUUGAAAGUGACAGACAGUUUGUGCUUGCAUGCUUUGCAUAAGGCAAAUUCAAUCACUUGUAUCAAAUCAAAAUAAGGAGACAAAUCAAGAGGCCAAGAGUUCUGUCCUAAUAGAAAACAGACUUUUGCAUAAACAUUCCAAUCUUUCAACCAUGGAUAGUAAAAGUAAGCAACCUGUUCUAACUGCCAUUUCUUAUCAACUCCAGCUGAGUUUAUUUAAAUAUGAAAUUAAAAACUCUAGGAAAAUAAAAUUUUUGCUAGAAUGUCAUAAGCUAUUUGAGAAUCUCUUGUUGUUAAAAUGGCUGUGAACGUGCAAGAGGAUGUGGGAUGGGAAAUACUGUAUGUUCUGAGAAGAAAUAUUAUCUACUUAGAAGUAUUUUUUUUAAAGUACAGAUAAAUUUAUAGUUCUAAAAGAUA